CAGGUUUCUUAGAGGACGCAGUUAAGAUUUGUGUUGACCAACUGCUUUGCUUCGUUUGGGACCAAUCAGUCGCUGUAAACAUGUUUCCUGAGCACAUAACUGUGUUCUUAUUUGUGGGUUUAUCUUUCGCACAAGGUAUGUAAAAUGUAACGCGUUUCUCCCCACCAGAUGUGGGUGAAAGAGGGGAUAUUGAAAUAACGCGCAAGCUUGGAAGUGGCAUUCGUGACACUCGUCUAACCCUAAGGAAAAGGAUGAAUCAUGACGUGUACGCCAUGUGAAAGAAAAUUAUUUCCCUUGAAUAACCCUUCCACUUAAUGCGAAGCAACUGAGAAAUAUUUAAAUGAUAAGACUGGCCUAUUAGGAUUCUUUAGGACCAUGUUGAUGCGAACGGCAAAUGACAAAAUGCCAAGUUUGCUCUUUGCAUUUUGAACAAUCUUCUGUUAAAAAUCUGAAUACGUUUAUCACAACAUGAACCAAAGGAUCUCCAUUUUUUCAACCUAUAAUGGCUUUGAAGAAGUCAUAGCGACUGAUAAGCGCGCAAUGUUCGUUGCAUCUUUUGGUCGUACCUAGUAACGGUAACUUAUCAUUCUAAAUAGCGUAUCGUUCCAAGCUUCGGUCACCCUCAAUUUCUUUGAUUAAGUAAAAUCCUCGACGUGAACUGAUUGAUUGCAUUACAUAAGAAAACAUUUCUUUAGCCCUAUUAAUUAAAUUGAGCCGUUUUCCUUUGGCAUUCAUAAUUUAUUACAAAAGAGUUGUUGCGGACUCAUUUUGCGUUUUACCGUCUCGAGUCUGAAGAGGCACAAGGAGUCUUUUGCUUCAAUCCUUUCACUGUUUUUCACUGUCAAUUCUAGUUGCCUACAACACUGGUCUUUUAAACCCAUUUUCUGACACUCUUCACAGUGCACCGUAACUCCGUAAACAGUCAAAGUUUCAACCGCCAAAGACUCUUUGCUUCCUCAAGGUGGCGACGAUAAAGUGGGGCCGAGGGGGGGGGGAGGGGGGUAGAAGACUCCUGUUAUGCAAUGAAUGCCAAGAGAUCAUGAUCAUUUUCAGGCAAACAAUUUCGGACCCCUUUUUACUUGGAUGGUAGAAAACUUGCCAGAUUUCAAUCAGCACCGGCACGCUAAAGCCUCAUUCUGGGUGAAAGGAUCACUAAACGUUUCCCACGGCUCAUCCCAUACCAAAGUUUUUCUUUAAGUAUGGAGUCUCCCCCGGUUCUUGCUUUGGAUUCACGCCACAUGUAUUUGGCGACAUGUCACUCAUGUUAUGACCUAAGAGUUAAAGAGUUGCUAAGUGAUGAAAAAAUGAAUGUUUAUGAAAGAGUUAGGUUAUAUCUAUUUACUUGAUUCAAAGAUAUCUUUUUAUAUAUUUACUUGACAUUUGCGUUUGGUUUUCAUUGAACGGUUGGAAUAUAUCACUCGGUAUUAAACGUACUUUGAUUGUAGUUUUGUCAAGAGGCGGGCACGUGUGCAGCGGCUGGCGUGACAUCCCAAAACAUUCCUGUAUCUUUUUCCAGGAAUCUCGCAACUUAUUUAACGUGAAAUGAUCCAAAAAGGAAUACGACCCGCUUUAGCAAAAGUUGCGAUACAUUUUUAUGGAAUGAUAAAAGCUACCUAUUAAAGCAACAUUGUUUUGUCACUUUACCCAAAAGAAGGUCAUGCGUUUAAAAUCAAUCACUGUGGCAAGUUCUUCAUAUCUAACAGUUUCUAAAAACACUUUUCACUCGGAACUCAACCUGUAUGUCUUUCGACAGGAGAAUGUAAAUGUUAUAAAUUGUUUGUAUUCUCUUGAUUUAGAAUAUUCUCUCCAAAAUAAAAAGACAAAAAAAAAUGCACAAUUUGUUUUCUUAAGUUAAUUAUUCGUGUCAAGAACUCGUUACAGGAUUAAAUUAGUUAAAGUCUUCUUUUUGUGUUAUAUUAUCUCACUGUUUUAGUACAUACUAAAACAACUAUUUACCUCAGUGUCGGUAACCAGCGGUGGAUAUUUACCGAGCUGCGAAGCGGCAAGGUAAAGUCCACCAAUAGCCACCUCAACUUCGGUGAAGUUGUUAAACAUCUCAGUGUUAAAUAUUCAGGCAUUUACUCAUUUCGCUAGUGUCGCUGACCAUAACAUCAAGUAUAUCAGUCGCAGUGACACCUACAACAACUUAUAUAGUAUCCAGCAACAGCCGUUAUCCACCCACCAUAAAGCCCAAAACUUCAGCACAAGAAGAUUGUCCAGCAGACGGAAAGCUAACCGUAAAAUCAUGUAAGUGAACUUAGCAAUUCUCUAUAAAUGCAUUUUUCCCUCACCCUUUUCAAAUUUUGCUCAUAUCACAUUCAAUAUAAGUGUUACGGGAGUUUUUAGAUAUCAUAUUUUUAUCCUUCAAAGGUACCCCCUCACCAUUUUAGCUGUCCUAUUUAAUAACCAAUGACAAAACCAAGAAUCUUUUAGCGUUGACGCAAGUUAAAGGGAAAUAUCUAAUGUUCUCGAGUGGGUGCCGGUGAUAGUUAAAAGAAUCAUCUCUUUUUUUAGAACAAUUACGAGUAAAUUCUCAACUGCCUUCUCGUAGCAAAUUAGAAAAAAAGAAGAGGAACAAACAAAUAAGCAAAAAUUAAAAAAAGGGAAAAAAGAAGUCCACCUUCAGAUUUAGAUGUACAAGUCACUCUUAGUUACUCUUAAACCUUAAACCAUCUCAUUACUAUUCUCACUUUGUCGGACAUUGUGGCGCAUUUUGCGGGCUAAAGUGGCGUAUUUAGUGGGCUGAAAUGUAUUUUUUUGUAUCAUAACGUAUGCUUUAGCUUUAUUUCACCGAAACGUUUUAAUCGGUUUCCACCACUACGGACGUUACUGCAUACGUGAUCAACACCUGGUUUUUGUUGCGACAAUCUCCACUAUUGAUCGAAAGGUGACUGUAGGAAUGAAAACACCACUCACGUUUGGAGAUCCUUGGGAGCCUAAUCAGUUUUUCUUGAUUUCUCUAAAUGGAAAAGUCGUCAGGUUUCGCUGCCCACCCGCAUUUCUUCUUAUUCACUUUAACUGCACUUUGUAGCCUCUGGCUUUAAGAACAUGUAACAUAACGUACAUCUCUUGUUUGUGGCUUGAUAGUCCUUUUUGUUUUAUUUCUUCAGCGUGCGGCAGGUAUACUUUUCAGUUGAACAAUCUUGAGUGGAACGAUGAUUUGAACAAUGGCUCAUCAUCAAUUUAUCAGAUCAUGAAAAGAGGGAUAUUGCAUCUCGUAAGUGGAUACUAUUUUGUUGGAUAGUUUGUGUACAACCUCUGGCCUAGAAUGAUGAUGAAACAAAGCGCGAAGCGAAACUUGUAGCAAGUGCAAGAGUCAGUCGAUAUGGUUAAACAUCCUGAUUUUAACGUUCGCUCUUUGUUAAAAAUAUUUUCUAGCGAAAUGUAAACGUUGAUUGUGAUUAGCAUUUACUUUAUUUUCUCGCUACAGUUUUGUGAUAUAUUGAAGAUCUACGGAUCCAUGGUGAUGUUUCCAGAACUGACUUUCGAAGAGGCGGUUGGGGGUUGGUCGAUUUCCAAAGUCAAAGUGUGCCUGGUUUUUAAACUCGAAGUCGAUAUUGAUAUGGAAACUGUACUACACAAUUACACGAAAAACUAUACCUAUGAAGCAGUCGGUUAGUGUCAUUUAUUUGCUAAGAGUCGCGCUUUGAUUGUUUAGUGGUUGAAUAAUAUCUCACUAGGAAUGAAAUUAUUCUUGAAAGUAAAAAUUGCAAACUCGUCGUAUUUAUUUAUCUAUAUUUGAUAGUUAUUCGCCUCAGCCUCAGUGAAUAUUGUUGAACAUGACAGGACGGAUAAUGCUUGCACUGUAAGUACCUACCGUUGUUCCAUACAAAGCCUUAGAAAAGUUUUCUAAGGCUUUGUAUGGGACAACAGGAGGUACUUACAGUGCACGCGUUUUCCGUCCUGUCAUGAAUCCUCGAGACGAAGUCGAGUCUGAGGCGAAUAGUUGUUUUAGUAUAAUUGCGAAGUAUUGUUUUAGUAAAAUUGCUCAGGUGCUUCCGAUUUCUGAUUUAAAUUCUUUUAGUUUUUGAAACCAUUCUGUUAGAAUUGUUUCGAGUACUCGUAUCGAAAUUAGCAGCCACUUUCCAUUAGAAUUUGACGGGUUUAUUCAAUUCAAUCAGCAAAAACUACAUACCUUUCUUUCGAAAAGUGUUACUCUAAACAUAUUAUCAUCUUUUGUGCUCUUCAGAGUUAUAUUUUCUUCUAUUGCGUUUAUCACUCUCUGUGUGACAUUGAAAAAACGCGCGUGAAGCAUCCAUUUUGAAAUCUAGCACCCUCGUUAUUGUCACCUCGCGCAAGAUAAUUAUUAUAGCGAUAAAAGGCGAAAUUCACGACCAAUCAGAGAUCGCGCAUCUCUUUAACCACUGGAGCAAUUAUACUAUAAAACUUUACUUGUUAUAUGUACAUCUGCGUCAUCACAUUAUAAUUUUCAUUCGACGAUGUUCGCCUCGCAUUUGUCCACAGGAAAUUUGUCCAUGAUGCAGUAAACCCCCUAUUUUGUAGCUUUUUAGUAAUAGUUUAAUUUAUCUAUUAAUGUGUUUUUUUUAGGAGUUACUUUCUCAGAAUGGAAAGCUAAAGAUGACGAGUGCAAAAAGUGUGACGGAGGAGGUGGACCAUUUGUGAUUGAAAGCGUAUGUGAGGAGAAACAGCACAGCUGUCGGGGACAAAUUAAGAGCAAGUCUAAAGAAUCAAUGGAUUGUGCGAAGUAUUGCUCCUCCUCAGCUUCAGCUCAGGGUAGGAAUGGAUAAAAUUAUAUAAAAAUUUAGGGAUCUAUAACCGCUUCAAGGAAAACAUCACUUAUUCUGCAUUAACGAUCAUAACUUCGAUUAAAUCUUUGUAAAUUAAAUUUUGUGGCAAUUCGAUUUCUGUAGUAUGGUUCCUAAGUAACUGAAUGACACUAGCAUUAAAACAUACUUUUUGUUUUAUUUUUCAUCAGCCCAUUGUACGGAAACAAAUAGCUACGAAUCUAUCUACGGCACUAACAAUAAGAUACCACUUACAAUACUAAUCAUAACCAUUACAAUUUCCCCAAAUGUGAUUGGUGCAUUUGCUGCUUUAUUCUUCACUAAUCAUUCCGCACAGUUGUAAUUGGACAGUUGGCUGUAAUCGGACACCUAUGAUCGGACAGUUGAAACAGCCAAUCAUACUCAAAAUUCACAAAUCACAGAAUUGAUUACAUUAACCAUAGCAACAAUCACUUAUCCUAAAAAAAACUGGGGAAUUUCCAAAAUGGAGGAAUUUUUUCCUUUAAACACUGUCUCUACCGGAGAUGUUUGUCCAAAAUGCAUUUGUUUUUCUUUGGGGGGAAAAUUGUACCAAUCAUGAUUAAUCGGUAACAGGACUUCUUGUCGUCAAAUUCUGUCAGUAAUCAUACUCGUGAUUGACAAAUCGGACUCCCGCUUCGCGGUCGCCCGGUUUUGUCAAUCACUCGCAUGAUUACAGACAGAACUGGACUACACUCGAUCCUAUUACCAUUAUUCAUUGAAUGUUACGUUAUUUACAUCAGCAACCUUUUUAUUUCUUUUUUAUUACACUUUAUUAACUAGAGGAGGAAACAAAAUGGAGAAAAAAAUAACUAGAUCUUUUGUUUUUCAUUCCUACCUAUAGCAAAACUAUGUGACAGUGCAGCAAAUAUAUAAUGUAAAAAAAGAGGUAUCACUAUUUUUAUUAUUCAUUUGUUUAUGUAUUAACUAUUUUGUUUCUUUAUUCAUUCAUUUUCAGUGGUCGCUGCGGUUUCCAACCUUAUUCUGGCCAUGUGGAUCUCUAUUUCUUACAAGUAAUGAUAAGUUUUUCAUAAUUAAAUUCAUGUCCAUAGACAUCUAGUGGAAUAGUAUGUGACGUAUUGUAUUUCGCUUAAACUAAUUUUAAUUUUCUGUUUGUUUUUACAGCUUUUAGCACGUACUGAAAGGUCUUGAAGUAUGGAUCCAAUAAAAAAAAAACUCGAAGUUUAAAGUCCAGUAGUAUUUUCUUUUGUUUUUAUGCGUAGAAUACUUUUGUCUAGACUGUUCGAGUAUAUAUCGAAGAUAUAGUACUUAGUAAAGUGUACCAUUUUACUGCUAUAGAAAAAGAUAGCUAUUAUCGGUUGUUUUAGGUAAUACAGAUAAUUGUAGGUUAGCAAUGGUUUGUCAUUAAAAGUCUUCAAGACAAAUUCAGUGUCAAGUUCUCACAGUUUCUACCUAAAGAAGAU